CCGGUAGGGGGAGAUAGUCGUUAUCGUCAUCAGCGGAAGCUGCCCCUUCUAGUUUUGAUUCAGAGGUUGUUGACAUGCUGCAGGUAGACAAGCUGGUCCACAGCAUGACGGAGGAGCACAGUGUGGAUUUGAGUGGCGGUUUGGAGGAUGUUCCUGUUUUAUGUGAAGCUCUGACUCCUCCGACAUUCAAGUAUUCCACAGAUAACAUUCAGGGCGCAGGAUGCUCCUUAGAUCCAAGUGAAGUCACCCUUCCUGGUUGCUCCUGUACUUCCCAUUCCUGCCACCCGGAGACCUGCUCUUGCCUUCAAACGUCCGGCAAGGCCUAUGAUGACACGGGCAGGCUGCUGAACCUCGACGCACCUGAAUCCGGCUACUCUUCCCCCGUGUUUGAGUGCAAUGCCCUUUGUACCUGCAGCGACACCUGCUCUAACCGCGUGGUAGGGAGGGGGCUCCGACUCAGGCUGGUGGUCUACCGCACCAAAAGCAAGGGCUGGGGAGUACGAACGUCGGAAGAAAUCCCUCGCGGGACGUUUGUGUGCGAAUACGCGGGGGAGGUGAUCACUUUUGCGGAGGCCACACGCAGACAGCUCAGCCAGAGAGUCGAGGAGAACAACUACAUCAUCGCCGUCAGGGAGCAUGCGGGGAUGGGGUCCGUCACAGAGACGUUCGUGGACCCCGCUCGGGCGGGAAACGUGGGCCGCUUCCUCAACCACUCCUGCGCACCCAACCUGCACAUGCUGCCUGUUCGCGUUCACUCUGCCAUACCGAGGCUGGCACUGUUCGCCGGACGGGACAUACACGCACAGGAGGAACUGACGUUUGACUACUCUGGAAGAUAUGGCGCCCAGAAGCCCGUAGAGGGCAUAUCCAGCGACGGACUGAAGAGGAAGCAGUGCCACUGCGGUUCCUUGAACUGCGCGCGCUUCCUUCCACUCGAUUUAUCUAUCCUCAGCUGAAAUAAAGUUGUUUUUAACGCAACUGUAAAAAAAGAAACAACAACAAAAAGCAGUUGGUUCAUGAUGAGUUUCCUUGAACCCUCGGUCAGUUCAGCAGCUCAUUAAGACGAGACCGUGGAGCGUAUCAGCAGUUUCCAGCACAAUCGUUUGGAUGAGUCAUGGCUUUGCUCGUCACUGUUUCCUGUUUGGUUUUCUUCUGAUUCUCCCCCUGUCUUAAUGCUGCCUCCCACUCGCUGUAAAAACAGAUAUGAAUAAGAUAAGUAAGAAUAAUAAUAAUAAAAAUAGCUUUCUUUA